AUGAACGUCUCACCUUUUGUCAAACAGAUGUUCGUGGCAGCAGCACCACAACUAGCUGCAGUGUCCAUGGGUGGGUCACUAGGCUACCCUUGCGUGUUGAUACAGCAAUUCCAAUCUAAUGAGACCAGCAUAAAGACUGAUUUGAGUACUCUUACGUGGAUUGAAACUAAGAAUAGGACUUUGCAAGAAAUUGAAGAUUAUUAUAAUUAUGGAUCGUUUGAUAGAUUUAGACAUUCUGACGAUGUUGAAGUUAAGACGCCUAUUGUUAAGAAUGGGGUGGUGGAUUAG